AUGAACUCGCCGACCAACAACAAGCUCGACUACAUGGGCCUCGACAUCUCGAUUCAAACCAUGGACGGCCUCCCCGAAACGAUUGCGGCACUGCGCGCCAAGCGCCACGUCCUCGCGACGAAGCGCCAGGGCAUCCUCGCGAGCCUUGGGUGCAUCCCAGCCGAGGCGCCGCCCGUGCCGAAGCGCCGCAAGCUCGAGUUUGCUCGGCUCUUCACCGACAACGUCGUGCCCGAGCCCAGUGCAGCCUUGUCCUAA